GAACACCAUAGAAGUGUAUCGAACACAAACGUGUUAAAGUAGCUUGUGCUCUGUCCCCCUGUACUUAAAAUAAAAUCCCGAUUUGUUUAUAUUAUUAUAUAAACCCUAGCUUAUUUCUUUCCCCUUUUCAACAACAAAUCAGAGGCUUUGGAUCGUGAAGAAAGGUCAGAACUUUACUGUGAUUAAGCUUUGGUAAGAAGAUCGAUAAAUAAAAUAAAUAAAUAAUGGACCAGCAAGGCCAUGGACAGCCCCCAAAUAUGGGUGUGGUUGGUACUUCAGCUGAGAUGCCAUAUGGUGUGGCUCCUUAUCAGGCUAACCAGAUGAUGGGAACCUCUACUCCUGCACCGGCUGGAUUAAUUCCGUCUACACAGACUCCAGGUCAGCUUGCACAACACCAACUUGCUUAUCAGCAAAUCCACCAGCAGCAGCAACAGCAGUUGCAGCAACAACUCCAGAGCUUUUGGGCAAACCAGUAUCAAGAAAUUGAGCAGGUUACUGAUUUUAAGAAUCACAGUCUGCCAUUAGCUAGGAUUAAGAAAAUUAUGAAAGCCGAUGAGGAUGUUAGGAUGAUAUCAGCUGAAGCUCCAGUCAUAUUUGCCCGAGCCUGCGAGAUGUUCAUCCUUGAGUUGACUAUGCGUGCUUGGAAUCAUACAGAGGAGAACAAAAGGAGGACACUGCAGAAGAAUGACAUUGCAGCAGCAAUCACAAGGACAGACAUAUUUGAUUUUCUGGUUGAUAUUGUUCCUAGGGAGGAUAUGAAAGAUGAGGUACUUGCUGCAACAGUUCCAAGAGGGCCCCUACCUAUUGGAGGUCCAGCUGAAGGUGUUCCUUACUAUAACUAUAUGCCUCCACAGCAUGCUGCACAAGUUGGGUCUCCAGUUAUGUACAUGGGUCAGCAGCCUCGUCCUUACAUGGCUCCUCAAAUGUGGCCACAACAACAGCAACCUCCUGAAGACUCUGAUCAGUAAUGAGUGGACUGCUGGUCAUUAAAGCAUGUGAAGGGACCCUCAAAGCAAAGUUUGACCUGCAGAAGUUGCACAUGGGGAAGCAAACAAGUACUUUCACAAGUUAGGAGAAAGAAAAUCAAGUAUUUCUACUUAAUAGGAGAAACUUAUCACUAUUUUGGCUUGCUCAACUGUUUUUGUCUAUCCUUUGACUAUAUUGAUGCAUUAGGAUGUACUAAAUGUGAAAUAUAUACCAGUUUCUGGUAUUGCGUUUUUAGUUCAA